CGAGGAGCUCUCGGAUUCGGAUGCGCUUUCGUUAAUUUGAACAUGCUCUGCUCAUUCUGUGUCCACAACAGACAUCUUGAAGAUGCAUGACGAACGCUCCCACCCGCUUCUCCAACAAACGCCCCUCAGCGUUAACCCCUUCAUCGACCUACCUAAAGCGCCAAACCUCCCGCAUAACUACGCUUCAUUGCCUCCAACCCUUCCGCCCUCGAUACUACAAUCAGCGCCGGCAUCUUCAAACCCAGAGCUACCAGCAUACGUGACGUCAAGCUCAGGCUUCGCCGCGCAUCCCACAACAAUCAUUGCACAGAACAAAGGCUUACUGGACCAGCUCGACAAGCAAAGAUCGGAGGCAGAGAAGAAGGUUAACGCGUGGGAGCAGUCUAUCGCCGAGAGGGAGCUUGCGGACAAGAGGCGGAAGGCACCCGGCUGGCUGGAUAGCGAGCAGCAUCUGUUGCAGCCUGCGAAGCAGAUUGAGCCUCAGCAGCAGACGAACCUUAUGGAUGAGCCGGGAUUGCCCGCUGUGGAAGCUGGACCGGAGAAGGACAGAAGUGUUGAUGAUCUGGGCGCCGCCAUGGACAAGGCGUUUGGCAGGAGCGAGAUGGGCUGAUCUGCGGUCGUUCUCGGUUUGCGCAAUCAUGCAAGAACUGCUCGGGAUCCUACGGAACAAGCGAAGCAGGCAAUAGAUCGGAGAACCAUGCGCUUAAGCUGCGGGCAGAAGAGCUAUGCUGAUGUCUCUACCUUUUCGGCCUGCC